UUUUUACCUGGGCUGCUCAGCCAGCCAGGUAGAGUGAUUUUCUCUCUAUUGCUUUCCCCCUUCGCUCUAUAGGGCUUUUCCUUCAGUAACCCAUGGCUUCCUGCCUCUUUCCAAGGAUGGUUUAUAUAGCAAAGCAUCCCAUUUUUCUUUUAUUCUGAAAUAUAGAAAGCUUUGGAGAUUGGGAAGGGUGAAGGAAAGGGGCUCAGAAUAUCUGGGAAAUACUCAAAAGGGCCUGACUCAAAGCGGUUUGGGGGCUAUAACUUUUUCAUUCUCUCCAGAGCCUCUGAGAGGUUGAAACUAGUGAAUGGGAUAACUGUAGGGUGCAAACUGUGAUCCAACUGAUGCAGUAGAUGGAGCUCUUCCCCCUAAGUCUGUAUUUAAAUGAACGUCCCACUCUAGCUUGUGGGGCUCUCUGUCUCAAGGUGUGUCAUUACUACACAUGUAAAAUCAAGGGCCCAGAGAGCUGGAGAGGAGAUUUCCUGGCACUUUUCAGAAGAGAUGAGGCAUUUGUUCCGAAACGCGAAGCAUAGUGCAGGCGAGAAGACAGACCGGAGUGGGAAAUGAAGUUUGUGGAUCUAAAUUCCUCCCUAUGUUUGUUAAUAGUCCUAAGUGCGAAGUUAAAUCCUAACACUUACUAUCCAAGUGAUUAUUACAUUAAAUGCAGAAAAAUGUACGGAACAUGGAGGAUUUGGGCUGUGUUCGUUACAGAUCUUCCAGGCUCUCUGAACUGUGCAGAGCUCCUCUCAUUUGAUUCUGCAAAGGCAUCUUAACACUGCAAUGCAAUUGUUUCAUCCAAUUAGUCUAGAGAACCUGGCUGAAAUGUUACAAAUUCUGAAUUGUGACAGCGCAGAGGAGGGCAAAGCAGCUGUGUUAGUAAGGUGCCUUUAUGGAAGCCAAAAUAUUUUCAGCAAUAACUGAAAAUAGAUCUCCAGUAUCUGUUUUAAUAUGGAAAGAACUGCUUGUUUAUUUCUUUCUAAAUUAACUGAAAUGAAUAAUUGCCAUAAAAUCCGUGUCGGUGUUGUUAUUCUCAGCACCAAUAGAAUAAGUUCGAUCGUGUCCUUCCCUGCUUGCAGGAGGGAAAAUAUAUGUAUUCUGUAUGUAUUCUGUAUGUAGUAAAUUAUCUUCCUUAGUGAAUGUCUGCUCACAGAUUGUAGAUAUUACUGCAUAUCUCUUGUUAAAUCUUGAUAAGAUCAUUUGGCCAAAGUAGAACUCAGCUUGGCUUUAGUACCCAAAGAAAUAGCAUUUUUAAGGGACUUGGAUUUCCUUUGCAUACCACGUGUCUGAGUCUGAUACGGUCCAGGAAAAUAGAGAGGAUGAGACAAAAUUAUUCCUAAGCAGCCGCCGUAGGCCAAACACUGAAACAGUGCCAACCUGGACCAAUCAGGCUGGCUUCUCAGAAGAUACACGCUUUUGUCGAACACUUAUAUGAAGAGAAAGAGGGAGGAAGCCCUUGAAAUUGCAUUCGUAUGAAUGAUUCCUCACUAAUUUCAAUAAAGUCCAUGGUAAUAAAUUCAUGAUUUUUUAUUCUUCUGUAAAGUAGAAAAAUGUGAGCUUUCUUGUCCAGCUGAGGAUCUCUAAAGGUUGUACUCUGACAUCUUUUGAACAAAACUAUCCUUUCGAAUUUAAGCAAGUGAAAAACUUCUCUCAGAGAGCAAAGAGUAAAAUUGACGGAAACUCAAAAUCAAUUCCAAACCCAUUUCUGGCAUGAUGAGAAUAACAUUUGUGCUGUGUUUAAAGCAGUUUAAAACAAGAAAAUGAUAAAAUGAUCAAUAUACUUAAAGCCAAAAAUAACCAGGAGAGAACGAUCUGUAAUCCAUUCCCAUUCCUGAAACCCUCACUUUUGAUCGAACAGGAAAAUAAACGAAUAUAUCUUUUAUAAGGUGGCAUUGUCAGCCUUAUAAUAUAAAGCAAUGAUGAGAUGCCAAGCUUUUGAGUCUAUUAGGCUAUGUUUUCAGAGUUUAGCCAAAUUCUUAGAUUUAAACUGUUGUGGAUUUAUUUAUUUUGCAUCCCCUGACCCCUGAGCAUAGAGAGAGCAAAGUCAAGGAAUAUGUAGAAUGUCACAGGGAACCACAUUGCUACUUUACAGUCUAUGUACUGUAUUUAUUUAAAAAAAAAAAAAAAGUUUAAGCCACAGCAAAAAGAAUAUUUUCAGCUUUAUCUGGAAAUCGGUGAAUUAGUCAGUGUGGAACAGGCCAGAGAUUUCUUUAAAAAUACCUGACUCUCGACGAGUUUAUUAAAUUCCACACACACAUAAAUACAAAUCAUGCAUAUUUUAUGUUUAUUGCUUUAAUAAACUGAAAGACUAAGUUUACGCUAAUAAAUUUUGGACCUGUGGAUUCAAGGUCAGUGAAAUGCCACUGUCCAGGUUUAUAAAAACCACUCUAAAUACAAGAUUUUGCCCCAGUGAAUGAUUUUUCUACCAAUUUUUCCAGAGUCAUUUAACUGGCUAGUUACAUAUUGAUCAGAUAAAAUAAAUUGUCCUUCUGGAUGAAGAAGCCCUAGCUGAAAAAAUUAAAAUGACAACAAAUUGCAUAAGCACAUUUAAUCUCGUUGACCUAGGGUGCAGUAGAAAUGAUGAUAAUUCUAAAUGAGCACUGUGGCGAAUGUCACUACAAAGAAGCAUGUAUGAUUACAUCAGUAAGGAUGAACUCAACGGGCAAGGUUAGGAGGGUGAGACACGGGAACUCCGACAGAGUGGGGACUAGUGAUUAAAGUUACUGUGGAUGUUUCCAGCCUGUGGUUAGCUGGAAAAUUAACACCCCCCCCCAACAAAAAAAAAAGAGUUAGUCAGUUUUAUAAGUAAAUGGGAAGGCAAGACUUUUUCCUAUAGGAUAUAAUUAACUGAAGAAUUCACCUUUGCUGAGAAUUUUCACACCCUCCUAAAGCUUGGGCUGUCCGGUGUGAUUUUAGUUGUAAAGAGCUGUUGUCCCCAUCUGCCUAAAGAUUCAUAUAAGUGUAAUUGUUAUAGCAACUUGUUAUGCUGUUGUUUGAAGUUGAAAAGCUCUGCUUUAAGUGUCGACGAAGCAAAUGUCAGCAUCAUAGAAUCAUAAUCAUUGCAUCUUAGAGCUUGAAGGAGCCUUAGAUAUCUCAAUAUGGGUGAGGGGGUGAGCAAACUCUCCAGAAAAAAAAAAAAAAAAAAAAAAAAAACCAAAUACUGAAUACCUGCUUCCAGCACCCUGUAGAAUUUGAGAAAAUUGGUAUUUUUAUGUAGUACAAUGACUUAUAUUUUAAAACAAGUUAAAAGGAAAGCUCCUCCAAUUCCUCUUGACUAGUGGUGCCGUACAGUGCAUUCUGUGAACCAGGGGUCUAACUAGAGAAGAGUGAAAAAGAAUUCAGAAAAGCAUAAGGUUUUAUUUUCAUCAAAAGGAAAGGGGCGGGAGGGUGCGUUGUUAACAGAUUAAGAAUGCUAUUUGGGCUGAAACCACUUACUUUGCUGAUAGGAAAAUUUAAACAGAGAAGUGACAAAACUUUCUCAAGAUGAGAAAGGUAAAUUAUCUUAGAACUCUGGCUUUCUAGCUACCGCUCCUACACCACAUUCUGACCCCUAACACAAUUUUUAUAAAAAUAAAGAGUAGAUGAUAUACCCAAAGUAACUGAGGAAGAGAACAAAGAAUCCAAUCCUUCUGGGUUCCUACCACUGUACCAAUAAUCUUAACGUAAUGGGGCAGGGGCAAAUAGAGUGUUCAGGAUCAGGUAGUCUGGGGAAUAAAAGAAAAUGUACCCAGAUCUUGCACUCUUUGGACACCCUCUGCUGUUAAUAGUGCUCCCCUCACACUCAUAUCUCCUCCGGGGAUACUUUGUAUUUCAUUUCUGUUCUGUCUGGGCCCACCAAAAGAGAGAGAGAGGAAGAAAGAAAGAGAGAGAGAGAGAGAGGAGAAGGGAGGGAGGGAGGGAGAAAGAAAGAGAAAGAGACGGGAAGGAAGGAAGGAAGGAAGGAAGGAAGGGAGGAAGAGAAAGAAAAAGAAGGGGAGAAGGAAAGAAAGGAAGAACGGAAGAGAAAGGAAAAAAAUACGAGAAAGAGUAGUCAGAUCUUUUGGAAAGAUGUCCUUCUUCCUAGAAAUCUUUUUGUACAGAUGGGUGUCUCUUAUUAUCUUAUCAAAGUAGGAGUUAUAAUCAGAGGGUGCUGAGUCAACAAGUUUCAAUGCAUUACAGACCAGGCUAUCCUUGUUUCCUAAGCACAUGCCACAUUUUCACAUCCCUCUUCCUUUUUCCUGGUGUUAUUUCUACAAUCCUCUAUCUUUUAAUGGCUCUUGUCAUAUUCUGUCUUAUAGAUUAGUCAUCUUGGUAUUUAUCUGUAAUGUUAAGAAUUUACUUGCAACGUAAGGAACAGGUCUAUGUAAUUUGGGGCAAUGCAUUUCAUUUCACUGGGCCUCACUAUGCACAUGUGUAAGUGGGAAAAUGAUAACCACCUUGCUGAAACAGUGUAAGAAUUUUAUGAAGGAGUGUAUGACAUGCUUGCCAUGUGGCCAUCAUCCGAUAUCCUUGUUGUUGUUACCACUACUGUUACUAAUAUUCCUUUCUCUGCAGUUCUUUCCCAACAACAUUCUUCUUUGGGUCCUAGGCUGAUCUCAUGGAGUUCAUUAUCUCCUCAAGCAACAAACACAAACGCAGUGACUUUUCCAUAAUAGGAACUGAAUAAAAAGUAUAUUGAUUCUUCUUGUGCAAGUCAGUAGGGUCUGUUACUUCCUAACGGAGAUCCUUACUUUGUUUCCUGGGAGUUUAGAAUAGUGGCCGCUUGUGGCCAGUGCCGCAUUCUCAUUUGGGUUCCCCACGGACUCCCCAACCACUGAGGAUUGCUCUUCCCAACAUCCCCAGAAGUGUCAGCUUAUAGUCCUGGUUCAUAUGAUUAAUGAGCUUGUUGUACCUCUGUCUGUAGCCUGAACUAGAAACUUUCACUUUGGAGAGCAGGUCAAGAUACUGAAUUUAAUUUUAGUUGUAUCUGUUAUAAGCCAAUUGUGUAUUCAUUACAUUUAUAGAUUCCCUCUCCAGCCGUAUAUUUUCAUGGCUGUUGAGAGCACCUGACUCUGUGUUGAAUGUCCUUAGAUUUUCCUUUGGGGACCUGAAAAUGAGGCAGUGAGGCAGUUUUGAUAGCUAGCUAUCAUCUUUGGCAUUUUUUUCCCUUUCUAUCUAAUCUGGUCUGUUUGAAGAAGGGGGCCCAUUUAGGCUUUUUAUCUAACGAGUAUGGCGUGGUCAUUCUGUAUGAGUGAUGGCUAUGGUCAACGCAAUUCAUCUACACAUUUCUGUCUGUCCUGGCAUGCAACCACAUUCUCUGGCAAGGGGAAACUUCUGAAAAAUGGAAGUGAGAAAAUAACCAGAGGCUGGCCAGGGUAAAGAACCAGCGUUAAAUAGUGCCGUGGCAUGCAAGGUGGACUCGGGGUACGUACGGACCUCACUGGUCCUUCAAGAUUCCAGCGAAUGAUGAGAGCAUGUUAAAGGAGCAGACCACAUGACUGUGGCCACAAGAGAGUGACAGCAGGGUAUGCUCAAGUCAGAAAGAAUGUUGCAUCUUACCCAGCCAAAAGUUCCAUUUCUUUCCGAGUGUGCUGGUAUUCCAGAGGGGAAAGGGUCACAUUUAGUAGAACUGGUAAUUCAAUAAAGGGCUCUCACUUUGCCAGAGUAAUGGGGUUGGCAUCAAGAGAAGAAAGUUUUGCAGAUUUCUGUGUGUGCACUUGCUGUUACUGGUGUUCCUGGUGGGUGGCUGAAUCAUCCUGAUGGUAUUCAACAGGAACCAGCUGCUGAGAAUAUUAAAAUGCAAGCAUUUAUUCCUCCAGAGAGACAGUAGCAUCUGCAGAGUUUUCCUAUCUUGAUAGUACAGAUAAUCCCAGGGAGCAUUCUCUAGUAGUUUUAACUUUCUAUUUAUUUAUACUUUUUUUUUUUCAUCAUUAUUGUCAGUAUCUCAAGUUCUAACUGGAGAGAAGAACGCCUGAGUCCACACCAGGUUGUUGAGACAGAUAGUAAGCACUUAGCCCGGGACACGGUAUAGCCUCUGGGGCUUUCCCCUGAAUUUGGAUUCUCAAGAGGAAAAAUGGGCAUUGCCCUACUUGGCCCGUCUUCACGGCAAAGAGCCGCCCAGAAUCCUAGUCCUCAGUGAGCCACACCGGCAGGAAGGAAAAGCCUCAGACCUCCCCACUCUCAAGGCAGGCUUCUUCUUUGGAGCUUUCCCUUUUACUCAUAAAAAUUGUGAAUUUGUUGCUUUCCCUGUGUGAUUUGUUGUUGUUACCGUUGUUUUGAGCUAGCAUCAACAGUUGGGGGAAAUGGAGGUGCAGGAAGGCGGUUUGGACUCAGUAAUCUACUAGGUCUUUUCCAUCUCUAAUAUUUAUGAAUAAUGUAUUGAACUGAUGGGAAAAUGUUGAAUAUGUUCAUUAUGAAUUAUAUUCACCGGCGUGUUGCCUGGAAUAUAAAAGAGCAAAGCCGUUGCAGCAUAACUAGUUCCUUACAAUAAAUGUACUGGUACGACAGAGCUCUGUGUCCCUUCCUGGCCCAUUGUGUGUCGUCCCCACGCACACACUCUCCACGUCUGAGUGGCAACUGCAGACUGGGUACCUGAUGGGAUGACAGCCAGCAAGGUUCUGAGGACACGGAGGCCACCCUCUGCGAAGCCUGGGUCCUAAACAGAAGCAGCUUUCUUGAUCAUGUUGAUAAUGCCGUGUCCUCCAGGAGGACUCACCGAAGCUGCCUUCGCACAGCAGAUGGUGCUUAGGGGCUAGUGUGCUGCAGGGGUGAGAGCUCUUAUCACCAAAAAAUAGACUCAUAAUUCUGUCCCUUCGUUAAAAUAAAACAAAACAAAAAAACCUUCGUAUGGAUAACCACUUUGUCAGCUGUGUUACAUUCUGAUGAUAUAAAUGAGUGAGAACGGCAGAUAUUUCAGAAUUAAGUAACUUACUACAUUUAACUUCAAAAUUCAUUAUCUAUGUUCUUCCCUCUUGGUUUUCUUUCACAAUUAUGUUUUGUUUAGGUUGUAUUUAAAUAAAAUUGUAUUCCCUACAAAUGUACCAGAUAACGUUGGGAAACAUUAACCAGAAGCAUGAGAAGUGGCAGGAAACCUAAGAUAGUUUUUAUUCCCACAAAUAGUCAGCAAAAGAGGUAAUAAGGAGUUAAAAAAGAAUACCAAAAUAGUCUUUCCCUGGCCAAAUAACAGUCAGGCCCUUUUUUUUUUUUUUUUAAAUCAAAUACAGCACCGUAAGUGACAUGCAAAUAUGUACCAAAAUAGAGAAAGACUAAGGUCAGGACUUAGAGGAUGCAGCCUUAAUGUACAGUGGAGAGCAGCAAGUUGAAGCUGAAAGAGGCAGCGAAAGCUCUGACCCUUUUUUGGGAUGCCAAGAGAACAACAAGUGUAUCGAUGAGCAGAUCUUGCCUCCAAAAGCCCUCGCUCCUGUUAUAUCCCUUCAGAGCUCUGGACUAGCUCUUGUGAAAUGGGAGUCCGAGACCUCACUUGUACCAACUUCCAUGAGGGACAUUAACUCAAAUCCACUGUCCCAGCUUUAUUUAUCACUAUUUUGUUUAUUUUAUUUAUCUCUAUUUUGGAGGUAAUUUUUUUUUCUUAUGCCCUCUUGAGAACUAAAACCCAUUAGAGCCCAUGAAGAGCAAGGAUAAACAUACAGCAGCCACAUUUAUCAAUUGUUUAUAAUAAUCUCAGAGGGAAGAGAUAAUAAGGAAGUAUGAGAAAGAGAAGAAAGAGUUAAACUUUUUUUGGAAAAUUGCCUUGCCCCACCUUUCAAUCAGGUAGCCUGAAAACAAUAGUGGCUGCCUGAUUCCAGAGUGGUAUAACAUUGAGAGCAGUUGUGAUGGCAGGAAGGGGGGGGGGGGGCCCAGCUCCACCUUUCCUAACAGGACAAAUCAUUUAACCCAGCUAUGUAAUAGUGCAUUUGUCAAAUAAAUAGAAAACCAUCUAUCCUCAUCUCCCUCACAGCGGUAUUGCUAAGGCUGAUUGUACACAUGUAUAUAAAUGUAUAUAUUAUAGUUAUCUAUUUACAGCAGGGGAGAACGAUUUAAAAAUAAACAAAUCGGGAUUUCAUAUAUGCAACUGUUGCGAAGGUCAAUCACUUUUUUUUUUAAAGACCUUAGCUAAUUACCAGUCGUUAAAACACUUGCAAAUGAUGACUGAGCCUCUGUCACUUCUGUGAAAUGGAAGACUUUUGGAAAUCUAAGCAUGAUUAGAGAUUCAAACACAUUUCUAUCUACUUAUGGACCCGUGUGGCCUUACUAACGUCAGUACAAGCCUACUAAGCAAAACAAAUGAUUAGCUUUGCCAAUAGAUAGAGUAAAAAAAAAAAAAAAAAAAAAAAAAAAAAAAAAAAAUCCUAAAUCAAGGUAUAGUAUAAAAGUACAAUUCUGGCCGUAAGAACGAGCUUGUUCUCUAUAUCAGACAGUUAUUUUUUAGAAAAUGGGACAAGGAUAAGGAGAGGAUAAGCUUUAACCUAUACAGACAUUCUAGGCAUCUGCCGAGGCUAUGGGUCUGUCCCAAUGAGAGUCAGACUUAGUUUAUAUAAAGCCCCUAAGAACAUUGGAAAAGAGGCCACUUUCAUCUAUUUUGUACUGCUACUGUACUUUUGGGUUCAUUUUGCUUCUUUUUCAAUCUCUGCUUCCUAUACAUAGACCUCAGUGGAAUGGCAAUGACUUGGCAGGGGGGUGGGGGAGGGAGACAGGUGAAGAUAAAUAAAUGUGAUAUUGUUAACAUGAUAGGUACCCUCUGCUAGCUUUUCUCUGGUCUGUUACAAGCAUCCAGGAAAGAGAAACUGGCUUCCAUGGAAAGUGAAGUCACAGUUCCAAUUUAGCACAAUCAGGAGAGAGAGAGGGAGAAAACAUACUGUUAGUGAAACAAGGAGUUUCUACUGGGCUAUGACCAGGUUCUCCUGUUUCUUGUAUUUUUCCCCAAACUGAAAAGAGUCAUUGUGAUAACUUACCUGUGCUUUGAGCCUGUGUGCACUUGUUCAAGAACUGCUCAAGGUUAGGCCAGAAAGAUAUCAGGGACAAGACUUACUUACAUCCAGGAAACUCCGCUUCUUUUUAGGAACUUCUGCUUGUUUUGUUGUGUGUGUGUGUCUGUGUGUGCAUGCGUGUGUGUGUGUGUGUGUGUGUGUGUGUGUGUCUGUGUCUGUGUGUUUUCCCGGAAAUUUGUGUUUUCAGAAACUAUGUGUCAAUUCCCAGACAUUGAUAUCCUGGGCAUCUUUGGGUUGUGACAGAAGUGGGGAUUAGUGCCUGUGACAAGUGUAGCAGAAGCCAGUGCCGUUGCAAUCUAUCAAACAUGUUGGCAGACCCCAGAUUUUUCUGAUCCUUGCUGCAGGAUUCCUUUGCGUCCUUACCCUAGGAAGAGAGAAUUGACUGAGAGUUUUGAGAGCAGGAGUGCACCUUUCUUAAUUUUGGUCUUGGUAAUUAUGGGACUGCCUUGGCUUCGUGAAAACAGUAACUGGAAUCAGGACCACCUUCCUGGGACGCACAACCUGUACAGUUGCUCAUGGUCCCAUGAUUAGGAGGGCCAUAUGCUUGGUUUAAUGCUCUGCUGUUGCUGUCUUGAAAUUCUUAAUGGUUUUUGAAUAAGGGGCCCCACAUUUCCAUUUUGCCUUGAGCCCUACAAAUUAUGUAGCUGGUCGUAUGUGGAAUUUCAGUUUUCCUGGCAUGCCCACUGAAGGUAACAGGCACAUGUCUUUUCUUACUGAAAAUGAUCCUCUUUUGAUUCAUCAGAAGCUAAUUCUUGUGUUAAACUUAGAAGAUUUCUGUCCAUAUAAUGUGGUUCCGAAGAACCCAUCACUCUUUCCAUCCUCCAGACAACUCGAGAUGAUUAUAAUCAAGAUGGUCUUGUCUUGUAAUCAGAAACUCAGUAGUCUUGUCUCAGCCAAGUAUCUUUUCGCUAGAGGUUGAUACUUGGAAGAAAUAGUUGUGGUAGUGAAGUCUUUGCCCUUUAUUGGGUGAUUAAAAUAGGUGUCAACCACUACAUUGAGACUGAAAAAAGAACAUGGAACAUUUAGGUUAUCUUAGACUAGGACUUCCCAAGCAUUAUGCUAUUAGACACAACAGGGUAUUCUAAAAACAAGUUGAUCUCCCAGCUCUGAUCCUGGGCUUCUCUGUCUCUUAGCCUCCCACCGUUGCAGCCCACUAGAGCUCUGUGUUCCAUCCUUCUUACUUCCUCUCCUGCCUUCAGCCCAUAGCAAUGCUUUCAUCCUUCUUGCUGCAAAUUGGCAUCAGAGGGAUGAAGUUCCUCUCUUUAGUCUAUUUAAGGCACCUAAUAAUAGUGAUUUUUGCUAAAUUUUGUACAUACACACCAACCCCUGUUACCACCUCGAGGAGUGUGAAUGACAGAAUUUUAAGAUGGGUCUGGAUUAGACCCCCUGGAGAUUCAUGGACCUGUCCACAGUGAUAGUCGUUAGAACCAGGCUUUCACAAGAAGAACCCAAGUCUCCGGAGUCUUAGCCAGAUGCAGCCGCUCUCUGUUCCCUGCCCCAAUGAACAUCUGCACUAGGCCCAAGCCUUGGAGUGAUUUACCUGAAGAGUGACACCAUUUAUUUGGAAACUACUAUGAGGAAACUGAAGCCCAGAGAGGUGAAGUGAGGUGCCCAAGGCCACACAGCAAGUUAGAGGCACAGCUAGUACCAUAGCUCAAGUCUCCUGACUCCCAGUCCAGUGCUCCUCCCAUUACUCCACGGGUCCUGUCUCUAAGCUUCCUGACAAAUGCUAGAACGGAAGAAACCCAAGACAGCUGAAAACCAGAAGGCAUCUGAGGAGAAUGAGAUUACUCAGCCGGGUGGAUCCAGCGCCAAGCCGGGCCUUCCCUGCCUGAACUUUGAAGCUGUUUUGUCUCCAGACCCGGCCCUCAUCCACUCCACACAUUCACUGACAAACUCUCACGCUCACACCGGGUCAUCUGAUUGUGACAUCAGUUGCAAGGGGAUGACCGAGCGCAUUCACAGCAUCAACCUUCACAACUUCAGCAAUUCCGUGCUCGAGACCCUCAACGAGCAGCGCAACCGUGGCCACUUCUGUGACGUGACGGUGCGCAUCCACGGGAGCAUGCUGCGCGCACACCGCUGCGUGCUGGCAGCCGGCAGCCCCUUCUUCCAGGACAAGCUGCUGCUGGGCUACAGCGACAUCGAGAUCCCAUCCGUGGUGUCGGUGCAGUCGGUGCAAAAGCUCAUUGACUUCAUGUACAGCGGCGUGCUGCGCGUCUCGCAGUCGGAAGCCCUGCAGAUCCUCACGGCCGCCAGCAUCCUGCAGAUCAAAACAGUCAUCGAUGAGUGCACGCGCAUUGUUUCGCAGAACGUGGGCGAUGUGUUCCCGGGGAUCCAGGACUCGGGCCAGGACACGCCACGGGGCACUCCCGAGUCGGGCACAUCGGGCCAGAGCAGCGACACCGAGUCGGGCUACCUGCAGAGCCAUCCGCAGCACAGCGUGGACAGGAUCUACUCGGCGCUGUACGCAUGCUCCAUGCAGAACGGCAGCGGGGAGCGCUCCUUCUACAGCGGUGCGGUGGUCAGCCACCAUGAGACUGCGCUCGGCCUGCCCCGUGACCACCACAUGGAGGACCCCAGCUGGAUCACGCGCAUCCACGAGCGCUCGCAGCAAAUGGAGCGCUACCUGUCCACCACCCCCGAGACCACGCACUGCCGCAAGCAGCCCCGGCCAGUGCGCAUCCAGACCCUGGUGGGCAACAUCCACAUUAAGCAGGAGAUGGAGGACGAUUACGACUACUAUGGGCAGCAAAGGGUGCAGAUCCUGGAGCGCAACGAGUCCGAGGAGUGCACGGAAGACACCGACCAGGCGGAGGGCACUGAGAGUGAGCCCAAGGGCGAAAGCUUCGACUCGGGCGUCAGUUCCUCCAUCGGCACCGAGCCUGACUCGGUGGAGCAGCAGUUCGGGCCUGGCGUGGCGCGGGAUGGCCAGGCCGAACCUGCGCAAGCCGAGCAAGCCACGGAAGCUCCCGCCGAGGGCGGCCCACAGCCGCACCAGCUAGAGACAGGUGCCUCCUCCCCGGAAAGAUGCAACGAGGUGGAGAUGGACAACACGGUCAUCACUGUCAGCAACAGCUCCGACAAGAGCGUCCUGCAGCAGCCUUCCGUCAACACGUCUAUCGGGCAGCCAUUGCCAAGUACCCAGCUCUACUUACGCCAGACAGAAACCCUCACCAGCAACUUGAGGAUGCCUCUGACCUUGACCAGCAACACACAGGUCAUUGGCACAGCCGGCAACACCUACCUGCCGGCCCUCUUCACUACCCAGCCCGCGGGCAGUGGCCCCAAGCCUUUCCUCUUCAGCCUGCCACAGCCCCUGGCAGGCCAGCAGACCCAGUUUGUGACAGUGUCCCAGCCUGGCCUGUCGACCUUUACUGCACAGCUGCCAGCGCCACAGCCCUUGGCCCCAUCUGCAGGCCACAGCACAGCCAGUGGGCAGGGCGAAAAAAAGCCUUAUGAGUGCACUCUCUGCAACAAGACUUUCACCGCCAAACAGAACUACGUCAAGCACAUGUUCGUACACACAGGUGAGAAGCCCCACCAAUGCAGCAUCUGUUGGCGCUCCUUCUCCUUAAAAGAUUACCUUAUCAAGCACAUGGUGACACACACAGGAGUGAGGGCGUACCAGUGUAGCAUCUGCAACAAGCGCUUCACCCAGAAGAGCUCUCUCAACGUGCACAUGCGCCUCCACCGCGGGGAGAAGUCCUACGAGUGCUACAUCUGCAAAAAGAAGUUCUCCCACAAGACCCUGCUGGAGCGGCACGUGGCCCUGCACAGUGCCAGCAACGGGACCCCUCCCGCGGGGACACCGCCCGGCGCCCGCGCUGGCCCCCCGGGGGUGGUGGCCUGCACGGAGGGGACCACUUACGUCUGCUCCGUCUGUCCCGCCAAGUUUGACCAAAUCGAGCAGUUCAACGACCACAUGAGGAUGCAUGUGUCUGACGGAUAAGUAGUACCUUUCUCUCUUUCUUACGAACAAAACGACAGAAAAGAAACAAAAAAAAAAGCUAUGGCACUAGAAUUUAAGAAAUGUUUUGGUUUCGUUUUUACUUUCUGUUUUUGUUUUUGUUUCGUUUCAUUUUGUACUACAUGAAGAACUGUUUUUGCCUGCUGGUACAUUACAUUUCCGGAGGCUCGGGUGAAUGAGAGUUUUCCCAGCCUCCCUCGGAUGGUGGCCUUAAGGCCUGGUAGUGCUUCAGGAGGUCCACUGGUUGGAUCUCUCGCUACUGGCCUCUAAAUACAACCCUUCUUUACAAAAAAAACAAAACAAAAAACAGAAAACAAAAAACAAAAAAAAAAAAAAAUCUUUAAAAAAAAGUAAAAAAAAAUUUUUUUUUUCACUUGUGAAGAGCACUACAAAAAUAUAUAACAAAAUCUAAAAGGCCUACUGUCUUUUAAGUACACCGCUUGCAGUGUUUCAGUGGACAUUUUCGCAAUUCUGGCCGCUUGGACUUCACAGUAACCAGUUAAAACUGUGGAAUAUCCCUUCUGGUUGAAAACCCAGAGGAAAGGCCCUGCUGUUUUCCACCUACCACAUUGUCUGAUUUCAUAAAAGGGCUGGGGGGUGGGGGGGCUGGGAAGGGCAGUGGGUCCGGUGGUGUGGGGAAGGCAAGUGGCAGGCUUCUCCCCCAGAUGCUGCCCGCACCCACGCACCCCGGCCCACCUCCUUCCUGUCCCCCCUUUCGGCAGAAGCCAGGAAGACUUGGACAAGCAUCAAGCAACAGUGGCUAUCGUAUUUAUUCAGUGUCUUCGCUGAGCCACAGCCUCAGCACAAUCAAGAGGGACUUUCAUGAAAGGCAGGAAUGCAGAUAAAACAAAGAUAUCAGAGGUUUGCACCUACGUUUCUAGGUACAAGAGAAGGAUUAUUUCCCACAAUCUUUGCAAAAAACAAAAACAAAAAAAAAGUGUCAGGAUAUAUUCUUGUGGAAGAGAAAAAGAAAGAGAAAUGGAGGGUGGGGGGGAUAAUAAAAAGUUCUUGAGGCUUUUUUAAUUCAAAUUUUAUAGAGGGGCAAAAGUGACGUUUACCAGAUAGAAUGCUGAUUUUUUUAAUAUAUUUACAACAGUAUUUGUGUAAAAAAAAAAACAAAAAAAAAGCGAGAUUGUUAAAAGUAAUUUUCUUUUUCGUUUUGGUUUUGCAUACACUGCCACCAAUCCCUUCUCUUUUAUUUUAUUUCACACACAUAUAUAUAUUUUUUGGUAAGUCAAGACUGUUAAGGUUAGCGAUACUGCUUCCAGAUAGAAAGAAUCAAAGGCAAUUAAAGUUAUAUUUGAAAGAGAGGAAGGAUAUUUUCUUCAUAUUUUUUUUAAUUUUUUCUUAAUUUUUAUUAUUUUAAGUAUUGCCUGGGUUGAUGAGGGCCCCUGUGGCCAGCCCAUCCCUGCUGUAAUUUGAACUGCUGCUUUGUAUUUUGAUAUGUAGUUCUUUGACUUUUAGCAAGCUUAAGUUGCUCCACUGACUUUUUUUUUUUUUUUUUCAACUGAUCCAUCUAGAAUUCUGUUCUUUUUCAUGGGAAGACUUUAUCUUUCAGAAACAGAUUUCUUGCUUCUCUAAAAGUUCAUUGAGGUCUUAUGAUUCUAGACUUUCCCUUGACUUUACUUCUUUUCUUGAAUGAAACACUAGUAGUCUAGAGGUCGUGACAAAUGCGUUUUCCUUUCGUGGGCAGCCAGGAGGAGGAGCUCAUGCCUCCUCACAGCUGCAGAGAGCAGAAGCCUGGUAUAGAUCAGGAUGCCUUGAUGCCAAAAUUGCUUUCUUCCUUCCAAAUACCACCUUCAGACUACUGCCACCAUGGUGAGAGGGCUAAGUAAGAUGAUCCUCCUUUAGGGGGUAUAUUAACCCUUGCUUUCUGGAAAGGUUUUAAGGAAAUUAACAAAAAUUUCUCAGAUACCAACAUCCAUCAUUCAGAAGACCACCAGUUCAUUGCAUCAUCCUAGAUGCCACUCUCUCUUCCUAGUUGGGAUUUCUCUCCUCGGUCCUGAGCAAAGUAUUGUAACAGGGAUUUUUCCAUUCUAGACAGUGUUCAGAAGGGACUGCAACUCAAAUAUGAGAAUUCUUAAACCUAACAAAAACUCCAAAGGUGAUUUUAUUGCUGGGCAUGGUUUAAUACUCUUAAGAGGGAAAAGGAAACCUUUAAACAAAGCAGAAACACCAAACUGUAAUUUUAAAAAAGAAGCAAAGACAGAAUUUUAAUUUCAAAAUUACUGUGCAUUUUAAUUUUUCUGUCAGCAACUUAUUUGCAAAAACUGUACAACAAAUGAGAAAUCUUCCAAGGAAAGCAACUCGAUAGUGACUAAAUUGGUUUUACUCCUAUAUUUUAGAUAUUAGUUAACUUGGAUCUUUUCCACAAGUUCUUGGUGAUGUUUGGUAGGGUUAGUGCAACUAGAGUGCAUGUGGGUUUUAUCUGGUCCUCUGAUCCUUAAAUCAGUAAUUCUUUUGCCAGCAGUUUAACGUAAACUUGGAUAGUUAACUGAUUAUUGGGUAUCGCUCAUUGCGAUUUCUAAGAGGAGUCCUAUCAAGAACUAUGUGUCCAAAAUUGACCUGUUUUAAAAGUUAGUGGGAACCAGCUUCAAAAUUAAGUCCAUUUUUCUCUUGCUAAUUCUGCUUUUUAAAAUAGCAGAGUUGUUAGGACUUUACUAUUUCCACUUACUACCAACAGAGGGAGCACUAGUUAAUUAACCAUGGCUUGGGGCUGUUUUGGUACCUUGAAAGACAAGUCAUUCCACCCAUGAUAUAAAAAAGAAAAAAUUGACAUUAAGGAAAAAAGUUGUUUAAUCUAGAGGAAAAAUGGCAUAAAAUCCCUCAGCGUAUAUUACAAAUGAAGAAGGCCAAAAGCCACUUUAAAAUAUUUUCGAAUUUUUGACGGUAGCUGAUUUAAGAUCGUGUCCUUAUCCCAGCCUUCACAAAGGCAGGCAGAAUUUACAGUACCUCUAGAAAAGCCGAUCUUGGGUGCCAUUUUGGGCCGAAUUUUGGUACCUGCUUCUCAAAUCAGAGGAAGACCCAUUUGCCUUAAUGUUGAUGUGCCACGUGAAAAGUGAAGCAAUUGGGUUAAGAUCAAAUCCACAUUUUGUUAUAGAACAUAUAGAGGAAAAAAUUCCAGUUGGGUUUGAAACACUAAUAUUCAUCCUUUCCCUUCAAAUGAAGUAUCUCUUUUUUAAAAAUGUUGGAGAACUCCCAGAGAAUUCUUGGUGAGGUGAUGCAAUCAUUAUAAGCACAUGGAUUCUCCAGGUUUGCAUAGCAGUAGACUUUGUCUUACCGUAUGUCUAUUCCUUUCAAAUAUUCAUAGUCUAAAAUAGUUGAUAGACUUGUUCUCUGGGGAGAGGGAGCAGUUAGACUGCAGUGAAAGGUCUAAUCUAGGGGGGAGCAGUGAACUUGCUGUGGGGUCAUUACUGUAUUUCUGACCUCCUGAAAGGGUGACUUUCCCAACUGAUAUAAACCAGACUAGACCUAUUUCAGAAGGAUAGAGAUGCUUUUAGAUUGCCAAUCCUUACUUUUAAAUUCAAUAAUUACCAACAUUUUAGGAAAUGGGGAAACAUAUUUUGCUUCAAGAAUAGAGGAUGAACAUGAAUCCUUUUAUUUUUUAGUUUCAAAUCCAACAAUCUUCUUACAUUUAGAACUUCAUGCUAGGAUGCUAUGAGUGCUAAAAAAAAUUUUUUUUUCAGUAGUCAGGGGAAAAAAUAGAUGAAAUGGAAGCAAAUGUUCCAGAUUUAAGACCUCUUAAGAUGAAUACAGGGAACAAGAACUGGUUUGGAAAAGAACCUUUUUUUUUUUUUUUUUUUUUAGUAAUUUAUGAUUUAAAAGUAGGUUAGCUGAACAAGGGAAAGGAAAAAAAGUCAAAGGGGAAUAUUUAUGUCAACUCAUUUAGAUACAGUUUAUGAAAAAUAAAAUUUCCCAGCUCUAAAAACAUUGGUAGCAUCUUAGCGUGGUAGGCAACUUUCCCCCUAUUACUACAAUAAAUGCCAAUAUUUGUACCAAAAAAAAAAAAAAAAAAACCCAAGUGGCAAAAUAUGGCCCCCAAAAAGGAAAGAAUUGGAACGGAUGGAUCUAAUAUAAAUCUACAUGUGGGAAAAGGUUAAGAAAUAAGCCAGGAAAAAAUAGUUUGAAAUGGAAGUCUCGAUAUCAAAAUGGCUUUUACUAUAUAUUUUAAUUGAGUUGUAAACUUUAGCUCCUAAUAAUAGUUAAUAGACUUUUUCCUACCCAAACUCCUAACUCUCUGAAACUGUCUGUGCCGUGAGUAGGUGUGACAGAUAACCCUUCUCGUAUUCCAGCUCUGGCGUAUUCCUUCUUCAUAGGCAUCUUGGAGGUCACAGUAGCUCCCAGGCUUAGAAGAAAAGACUUGGAUUUGCUUUGUUGGAAAGUCAUGGGUUUUAUUUUGUAUCAUCCCAAUAUUCUUUAAGGACCAAGAAAACCCUUUGGAACCCAUGAACAGUUAGAAUUUGUGCAGUCUGAUAGGAGAAGAAGAAAGAUUUCCUUUGGCUAUGUGUGUUUCAAGUAAGUCCUAAUGCUUUGACCUACAUGGGCCUCCAUCAUACAAGCAUACCAACAGUGUGUACCCAGACCUUACAUACCCCAAAUCUGUUUUCCCUCAGCAGUUCCCUCAAAUGAGGCGUGCUCCUUAUAAAAUCCCUCAGGUCCCCAACAGAACAGAAUAAAGGUUCAUGUUGCUUCCUAGAUGUGCUUCCUCCAUAAUGCGCCCAACACGUGUUGCCUUUAGGAAAGGGAGCAGUGAGCUAGAUCUGGACAGGAUUCAUACUCAACAUGUCCAUUCAGGAGCUUUCCUCCGUUGUUAUGGAAGAUGUUACUUAAUUAGCUGAGGCUGGGAGAAGAGGGUAUGUGAUUCUGCAGAGAAGGUAUCAGAUAACCAAAUCAGGUCUGCCUCUGCUAUGCAAAAAGAAACAAAACGGAAGGUACAAUGUAAGAGCAGACACAACCUGAGAUGCCCUUGGGCUUUGGGAGAAGGGAGGGUGCCCUUUCUGCUGCGACCUGACUCUUAAAAGAAAUCUCCUGAAAGAAUUCUUUAAUUUAGUAAAGAGUUGAAGUCCAGGGUAAUGGAAGCCGUGGGGAAGAGAACAAAAGGACUGCAAAGUGUAUUCAGCACCCAAUAAUGCGAAACCAAAAAACAUCCAAUCGCAACACUAGGAACUUUGGCAAGAAGUAUUUAGAGAAAUCUCUGGGCUUUCCAUGGGUAGUGGGGUCGACAGACUUUCUUUUGAGUGAUUUCUGGCUCUGAGAAACCUCUUUACUCACUAGAAAAGAACUUUCUUUAAAUGGCCAAUUUUAUCCCCCAGAAAAAGAAAUUUUAAAAAAAAAUAAAAUAAAAAUAGGACACUAAAGACAGAACCAUGUGACCUGGUAACAAACAAAAGGAAGGGCGCACUAGAAUUUCAAUAGACUCCCUAAUUCCAUAGAAAAGGCAAGGCAACCCAAAGCCUCUCCAUCUGCAGUGGCUUGAAGAAAGUGCUUGUGCUGACCCUGCCACCCCGAGGCUUUCUGAGGCUCCAUAUAACUUCCCCGUUGGGAUGUCAGCAGCCCCUUUCUCUUCGUGUUGACAUGAAUUAAAGGACUGUUCUCUUAGGUGCCCAGGAAAUAGAUUGCAUGGGGCCAACAUUCAAAAGCUAUCUCUACCCUGGUGCCCAGGUAGCAUAUGGUGACAGAAAAGGGACACAGAAGAGCUCUUGCUCUCGAGUGAGAAUAUUCUCACCAAUAUCACCAAGGGCUCUGUGUAUGGGGUUGCCAUUUCUAAGACCACUUGCACCUCCACGAGAGGAAAAGCUGUGGUGACUGUGUUCAUAUUAACACAAAACGUGGAAGUGACUAACCCAAAGCAUCAUUUCUAGCACUAGGGACUAAGGUGAUUAGCCUAACCAAAACUCCCCAAAGAUUUUUCUGAGUCUCCGAAUACAUUUUUCCCCCCUGGAACACUGAAUCCACAAUGGUCAGCAGUGUACAGUGACAGCUCCCAGAAAACGGUUUGGAACGCCAGGGUUUGUUUUCAGUUCUUUUUAGGAUGAAGAAGUAGGGGAUAAGGGCUGCAUAGCAUGGGUUCUUUUUCAGAACUAUGUAAUUCACUGAAAAAGCAGUAAAAAUAUGCCCGGGUUGAAACAACCAACUGCAACGCCUGGAUCCCAGUGGUUCCUCAGACCCAGCCUAUGGCUCCAUAAACUGAAUCCCUUCAGACUAAAAUCUCAUCUGAAGUGACCUCAGUUGAGAGAUUUUCACCAGAAGCUACUUAGAGUGAAGAAUUAUUGCCUUAAGUCAGAAAGCCCAGGGAAGAGAGGUUGGAAGGAUGUGAAAACACAGACAUUUCUUGUUUUUAAUGGCUGCAUCGUCCUCAAAACGAGCCCUCUUCAUGAGUGAAGAUGAUGGAAACAGUGGCUUUGCAGAGACGCAUUGCACUUGUCUGGAACGGACAGUUCUCAGGAAGUGGUUGCCCCUUUUUCAUAGCCUACUGCAGUGACAGAGAUCUGGGCUGCGUGUAAAAUAGGCAUCAAAUUAGUCAAAGGGUAAAUCCCAUAAGACAUGAUCACAGGUGCCUGGAAUGUCAGUUUUCAUCAUUUCCUUCAGAGGGAGAACAGUCUCUACAAAAAGCUUUCUUUCCCUAUACACUAUGUAUUUCUAAACUCACUUUUCUACAGUUUUCCUGAGAAUCUGUUUUAUCUGGUGGUUCUUUGUUUAAAUGCAAACUCACAACUUUCAAAUUUUCAAGGAAGGAGCACAAUCUGCAGAUCAUAGAGGAAAUCUAGCCACAUUUAUGGGAGUCCUCACUUUUGAGAUCCCUAAUUAGGGUAUAAAAAGUCCCUACUAGCCCUCUUUCAAAUUCAGGGCUUCCUUUGGUUCAGAUGCCUCCAUGAGAUUCUGAUACACCUAAAAUAGAAAAAGAAAAAAAAAAUUAACCCCAUCUGAGACAUCUGUCCCUACUAUUGUUAAAACAGAAGGUUGUUAUUGCCCAGCAAAAUCAUUGUAAUUUAUAUGUAGAUUCCAGUAAUGAAGAGGACUUAACCCAGCUAAUAUGUCACAGCUGCUGUCCAAAAUGUCCAUAAAUGAGUACACAUUCUGCAUGUACACACGCAGUGUGUCUGAGACGCUCUCAGUACAGAGCUGUUCCAUGUUCAUAUUCCCCAGUGACAAGAUAGCUUCUGGAACUUCUUUCUAGCUAGUCCAAGGUCUCACAUAUGUCCUAUCUGCUUCUGCUCUGUUGCCUUAAUUGGGUGCAUCAGUGCCGUCUGCUGUGAGGAAGUUCUAGGGCAUUCUGAAAGAGCUCAACCAUCAGUCAUUUCUGUGUAUGUGCUUCAUGAGAAACUUGAAUAUGCUCUGUGCAGGAGAGUGCACGUGACGAACUCUGCACUUCCACUGGAUUGACUGGCAUGUGUGUGUAUGUGUGUGUUUGCAUGUGGAUGUGUAGUCUGGAAGUGUGUGCACCCCUCAAAGGAAGCACACACAGGCGUGUGUCCCUGCAUAGACGGAGUUGCCUCUUCCUACUGUUGUGCUCAAGACUUGUGGCUCCCUUCCCAGGAAGCAGUCACCUGCCCACUCUGUUGCUUUUCGUAGCGUUUCAGAGUUGGGAGAAACAAAGGCAGCUUGUUGGAGCCACAGCAAUCCUACAGUGACAGGCUGUUUUCCUCCAGAAGAAGGUAGAACAGAAGAAGUGGAGAGCAGAUGGAGGGAGCAGCAGUCUGGGGCACCUCUCCGGGUCUUCUGGGGAGAGGGAGCACCAAGGCCAGGGAGGCAACUUUGAUCUGCACCAGUCCAUGGCUGGAAGGUCCCCAUUGCUCUCCUCUGUGCAGCCCAGGGUGGGCCCACAAACACCUGCUCAGCUGCCCGUUUCACUCCCAAACUAAAGCUUCCUGACCCUGCCUGGAACUGCAGGACAUCAUCAUCAUUCCGAACUGUAUCUCCUGAAACCAAUGUGGCCUUUGCCCAAGUCUUUCCAGGAGUGGGUUGUUUACCAGGUCUAGCAAGCCAAUAGACUCUUGGGGGAAUCAUUUUUGGUAAUCUCUAGGCAUUGAUGGCUCUGGCCCAUCUCACACCUUAAAGUAGAACACCACUCUUGCGCACUAUUCAGAACAAAUGGACCUGGCUCUUGCAGUUGACCUUAGAGAAUGGCCUAGAAACAGUGGAAUUCAGGUUGCUCAUUCCCAUGCCCUUCUUUUACUAGGUGGUUUAUUAUUUCUUGUGACAUGUAGAAGAUGAUUUCUGCUAAUUUACAGAGUUCAGAGGACAUUUUCUUUCCUCUUCUAUUUUGGUGACUUCCCCCUGCCCCCUUAAGCAAGGCUACGUAUAGUUAGAAUCUUUUCAUUGUUAUUAUUUUUAAAAACUGUAUAUUGUCUUUCUAUAUCCAGAAGAAGUCUGUGACUGUAACCAUAGGUAUUUCUUUUUACUGGAAAAAAAAAAAUGAGUUGGGUUUUUUUGUUUGUUUGUUUUUGUUUUUGUUUUUUUAAUUAACAGUACUAGUAACUUUGUGGAAGAACAUGAGUUACAUUUAGGUAUGCUUACUUAAGUACAGUACACUACAUUGCAGUAUUUCUGAAAGCUAGAACAUACACAUUAUAUAUAACAACUCUAUAUUGAAAUAUAUAUUACAUUAUAUUCAUUUUAACUUUUGAAUCUUCCUAUGAUCAUGAGUUGAUUGAAAUAUUAUUUCUUUGCAUUUAUCACCCAUCACCAACCCGCUGCAGUCAGUCUGGUGCAUUGAAUACUAAUCAUUACUGCUCUAGUUUGCUUUUUAUAUUAUCAGCUUCAGUAUUGUCUUUACAGGAUUUUAGAAUUUUUUUAAGUUCAGACAGCAAAUGUAGGAAAGUAAAAACGUUUGUUAAGAAAACUUUUUUUUUUUUUUUUUUCCGGUGUGACCGAUACAAAGAGGUUCAUAUUCAAAGUGAUCUUGUUUAGUCAACCCUCUCAAUAUCUGAAGAACAAAAGUGCAUAUGAAUGUAUCUGUGAUUUUCCCUUUUAGGACUGUCACUGUCUAUAUUUGCUUUGGAAAAUACGACCUAGGGGCUGCUUAACCUGCAUAUGAUCUGACCAACAGUUACAGGCUGUCAAAGGGCUGCUCGUCCGAGAAGCUAAGGGAAUGAAAUGCCUAGCUGUCCCAACAGGAUUUUCAAACACUGAUUUUCAUACUGCUUCUUUACGGACUACUUUCUGUUUUCAGUGUGCUCUAUGAUUAUUUUAACUAGUCUUCAAUGCUCCCCUGGAGGCAGCUUGGCAAUAUAACGUUCAUUUUCCUAGGAGAUUUUCUUUCUUAAAUAAAACCGGAAUUUGAGGAACUUUUUCAUGACAGAGGCUGAUAGAAAUAGAACUGAGAAAUAGCUCAUUUUUUAGCCUGCAGAAUCCAUAAAAUGGUGGCUCUCGGGUCUCUGGCCCUCCAUAUCUCCAUUUGUCUGUGAAAGUAGGGAUUUGGUGCCUUUCUUCUUUAGCCAGGCCGUCAUGGAAACGUCAGAAAUCAGGCAUCCUGUCUUCCUAGCAAGAAAUAUUUUCAAGUAGUAUUUUCAGAUAAAGAGCUUCUCCAGCUUUCCUUAGCUACUCAGCCUGGAAAGCUCCCUAGCUGAAUAAACUUUACAUCCAUCCUGGAGACCCAACGCCAGAGUCCUUCUCUCAGCUCUCCGUUCAGGACAAAAUGACAACAGUUGUUUAUGACACUCAGUGUGAAAUUCCUUCCCACACUGGACCGAUAUUAAGGCCUGUCAGUAUGAAUGGCACCAAUUCUUUCCUUUCUUCUGUCCUAAUAGAUUUUUAUUUCCAAACCCCAUCCCAUUCUGCUGCGCUCCCCCAACUCCAGCUCUCACGUCUUUCCCGACCUUCCCUUAUUCAGGCUUGCAGCAGUGCCCUCCCACUCGUGAAGCCUGGUGGACCUAUUCCAGCCUCCUUCGAAGGGGCUAACAUUGAGUCUAGUAGCGAACUUAUGAAUCCGUUUCACCCUAGUUUUCUACUAAAUAUAUUUCUCCAGGACAGACACAAUUGUGAACUGGGAGUUCGUGAAGUCAGUGAGGCUUUCGCUUUUCCAGUGAUCACGUAAUACCCAGAUCGUAUCAGUGUCAUUAUUUUCCUCUUUCCUUUUCCUAACCGUCUUCCUUUAUUUCUUGUUUCUCUUUAGGAUUACUUUAAAUCACUUUUUCUUCUCACCACCACCUAAGGAAUUCAAAUAAUGAUGACCCCUGAGUGCUCAAUGCCUCCCUUCCCCACCCAGUCCUGAAAAUCCUUAAGUUUUGUGUGGUUCAAGAGCACUGGUUGGCAUCAGCUCACCAACCUGAGACUCGUAGGUGGAGUGAAGAAGCAUGUCUUCACUGUACCUUCAGAUUCUAAAACUUAUCAGUAUUCUUUGCAGAGUGGGAGGACCUGAGUCACAGUUUUAAAUGUCAGCUGUACUGGUGAGGUCAUUAAUGCCUUUCACCUUCACAUUUGGCCAAAGGUAAAGAAAAAAAAAAUUACUGUUUUUUUGUUUUUGUUUUUGUUUUUUACAGUGUUCGAAUUCCUGAUAUGAGUAGACCAUUUCUGAGAAGGAAAAAAUAAAUUCAUCAAUGUUGACUCUUUCAAUUCCUGCUGAUAUUUAGCCAAAUGACAUAUUUAUCCCAUACUAGAUUUACAGAAGUCUUACCAAAAGAGGUAAAUUUUAAGAUAAUUUUGAUAAUUGCCGGAGCCUUAGUGAACUCUCUUAAAACAGGUAAAGCGACUUCCAGUAAAGUAGGAGGAAACAACUAUGAAGAAUUUUUUCAUUUGUUGUCUUUCUGAAAAACGAAUGAUUGUUGAUUGAUUUAGAACUUUUAAGAGUAAUUUACUGAGGGAUGAAAAGGUCCAUAAAGUGUCUUUUUUGCAAACAGUUGUUUUUUUUUAAAUGGAAAAAAAAAAAAAUAUAUAUAUAUAUAUAUAUAUAUAUAUAUAUAUAUAUAUAUAAUGUUGCCAAAAUGUUACCCAAAAGAGUGAUACUGUUCUGGAUCUGUCCCUUUAUAGGAUGUUCAUAAUGUCAUACCUUCUUACCUCACUUCCAGCCCAUGACUCUUGCCAUGCCCCAACACUGCCUCUUGACUCUUAUGAAGACAAAAUCUGUGGCAUUUUGAGUAGUACCUGGUUCUGAGUGUGCAGACCUGUGCUCUUUUAUUUCUUGCUUUACCCACUGACAAACAGAAUCAACAUUUGGUAGCAAAAGUGUAUUCUUACUGUGACUAGGAGGCUUGACCCAUCUCCUGCCUUAAUUAAACCAGUUUUUAGAACAUGAACUCAUACCACAGAAAGCAGUGAAGUAAAGAGAUAGUUCAAAACUAUAUGUAUAACUUCCUGAGUUAUACAUCUAGUAGGAAACUAAUAUUUCUUAAAGCCAGUAUUUAUGUUGGCUAGGGUGGUGGUCUUCACUUGGCAUGUUUUCCCCGCCAAUUCCAUCUUCUUCUCUUCCGUUGUCUGCUCUCCCUCUAUCUCAUUUGUAAAAGUACCCUUCGUCUAAAGUACUCUUCUCCUCAGGCUUUGGCUUCUGAAGCAGUAGACAGCUCUCUUUCAAAUCCUGAUGACUAUUGUGUAAAGUGUAACGUGGAGUAGGAGAGGAUCCAGGUUUGACAGGUCCUAUUUGGUCCAGUUAAUCGCAAGGGUUUCUCCAGGAUGCCUUUCUUGACAUUGUUCCUUCUGGUUCCCCAAGAGGAGCUCUAACCCUGAGACCAGGAUUUCUCACCACAGCCUCUGCAUCUGUCUGGAUUAAUGUGUAAAUCCUGCUAGUAUCUAGAGACUCCAGGAUGUGAAUUUCUUCUUGCUUACGAGCCUCCUGCUUUUCUCAACUGACACCUGUCAGGAACACCAAGAGCCCUACCAGUAACUAAUGCAGCAAAGUGAUGGUCAGAAAUAUUAUAGUACGUAAUAGGGAGGAUAGGAAGAGCUUUCAUUCUUCUUCUCCCCCAUAAAAAGCUUGCUUCCCCACCCCACCAUGACCACCAUGCAUUUCAGAAAGUCUGCAUCUCAUUUUUCAGAUAUGUAGUUUUAGGAUUUGCAAAUAUAGCUUAGGAAAUGUUCUGAGAUUGAAGCUGGUGGCAAACCAGUUUAUUUUCUGCACUGGACUUUAGGAGAAGUGUGCACAGAUACAAUUCCUUCAAAGAAAGUGAAACUAAUAUAGUAAAGCAAAGGGAUAAUACUUUUACACAUUAAAACAGUUGUUUGCUAUCUGUAAACCUUGACUUAAGCAUAAUUAUUAUUUUUAGAAACCUGAAACUGGAGGAAUGUGUAUUUUAGUAAAGUUUGUUGUCAGUUUGUUUGUUUCCCUUUAUCUCUUUCUUCUCGGGAUAGUGAAAGAUUUUGAUUCUUUAAUUUGAUACUGUCCCUGGCCAUAGGUAUCAGUUAAGUAAUGCCUGCCCUUACCAUAUACUCUUUUCCUUUUAGAAUGAGAGCCUUCCUUCAUGCCAUUAAAGAGCCUUUUCUCCUUGAAAAUCUUAUCUUCCUUUACAGAUAGCAUGAGAGAGCUUUGAGGAGAGAGAUUCUCUCUGCACUUUGAGGGUAGAAUCGUUAAAAUAAAAACUAUUUCUUGAGAGAAACCCCAUUUACCCAAACUAACAGAUCUGAGGCCAAAGAGUGGGAAUUGAUUGCAGAUGAAGGUCAUAUAUUUUACACUACAAAUCUUUACUGCCUCCUCCAAUUUUUGGAAUAAGGCUAGGAAUAAAUUAAUUUAAUGAAAAUCUGCUUUGGAUGUUUCUUCCUAGUAUCUAAUGCAGAAUACCCAGAAAAGACAAAGAAAAGAUGCUAACUUAAAUGCAAAGUCAAUCAAUCUAUAGAUUUUUAUAAGUAUUCAGAUUUCUGUUCUACUCAUUUCAAAAGUACAUGUCAUGAGGUCUUAAACAGAGAAACAUCCACUUCUCCAUUGCUUCUCAUCUCCUCUGCUGGUGCUGGCAGUGACAGUCACAGAAGGAGACUGGUGCCACAUCGCCAGUCCUCCACCCAUCUGUACCCCCCACCACCACCACAAAAUAAGGAAAAACCAAAUUAGAAACUUUUUUUGAAAAAAACGAAACUGUAGUGCUUCAUUUGAAAGCAUACUGUUUUUAACUCAAUUUACAGAUAGCCUGACAACCUUUUUAGAACCUGUCUUUUGUGCUAUAAUUUGCCUUUUUAGCUCAAUCUUUAAAAUAGUUGCAAUUUCAAUUAAGUGAACAGAGGAAAAGCAAAGAGGGGAGACAGGGCAAUGUGAGGGGCUAAAUCUGAUACAGUUCUGGAUUCCUAAAGCCAGUUGUCAGGGUUACCAGGGAAAGCUAACACCACUCACCCUUUACUAUUCUUCACCAUCCUUACUAUUAUGGUCUUAAGAAUUGGUCAGGAAACCUCACUUCUUUACGAUUUAAGACUUCCCUUAUUACUAUCAAAUUCAUUCAAAGAAAUUAUACGCACCCUUGACGACUCCUGUACCUAAUCUGCUCUCUAGGACCCAUGUAGAGAGAGAGCGGAAAUAAAGUGAGGUUUCAAAUUCGAUACAAGAUUUAAACCUAGUCUAAUGUGCUUUGUAUAUGGUCAUUGCCAAGGGGUUUGUUGAAAAAUAAGGCCAGUUUCUCUGCUCCUGCUCUCCUUGGGACAAACUUUGAUUUGGAACCAUCUGUAUAUAGGAUUGUAAGAGAACAUUCUCAAAAGCACUGUCAGCAGUUCAAUUCCUUCCUUAGUCCCAUUGAUUUGAACCUCAGUUUCCCCGAGGGGGCCUACUGAGAUAGAAAUUAAGGGUGACUUUCACGUAUAGAAUGAAAAUUGAUUUUUUUGCCUUGUUGUUGAAAGGAUUGUGGUUUUCAGAAAAAAAAUGAAAGCAGAUCUCUUAUUAAUCCUCCUCGUGGCAAACAAAGGCAAGAAGUUGAGGAUAGAGAAAGACCUAUGGUGACUUUAUGUUUUAAGGUAAUUUGUGCUGACCCCACUAUGCCAGACGCCCUUGUUCCUACAAUCUAUUCUCAACUACGGAUGGAUUCUCCUGAGACUUCUCGUACGCAUGUGUGGGUUUGAGCAAACACACAGAUUUAUGUUUGGAGAAUGGAGACGCAGACAGGCCAAAAGAGAUCAACUCUUAGGAGUAUCAAAUACAAAGCAUGUCUGCAGAGUCACUUAGUUCUGCCAUAUCCCAAACCAAUUCCAGACUAAUCUUAAGUGAGAAGUAAGCUCUAUAAGAUACCCUACUAUGAAUGUUUUUUUUUCUUCAGAAUAAUACAAGAAGAGGUACAAUGCAGAUUCUUAAUUUGGGUGUAAUUAUAAUUCACUUUUAUAUUUAAUAGUUGUGCUUUUUUGUGUGAGUGUGUCAUUGAGCUAUUUGUACCAAUUUUCAAUCUGUCAUCCUGAGAGGGGCCUUGAGAAUGUCUGCUUCUGUGUAUACAGAUCUGUGUUUAUGUGUUGUCAGAAAACAAAGUGAGUAGGGGAGGGGUGUGGGGAGGGAGAAGGUGGUCAGUGUGAAGACGUGAGUGCUCCUAGUGUCCCUAUUUCUGUUAGGUCAAGUGGCUGCUGCCAGAGGCCCUCCAGGAAGAGCUGAUUGCACUAGUCUAAAGUAGGAGCCCAGCACUGUUAAAUUUAGAACCGUGUUUUGGGAAACGGGAGAGUUUUAUCUUUUUCUGUACCCAUUCUCUUUAGCAUCAGAGCCAUUUGACAUGAUGAAAACCAUUCAGUAAAAACCACUACUGACCUUUGCAUUAAAUAGCUGUUUUCCUCUUCUAAAUACUACCCCUGGUUUCAACUCAUCUACUUCCCUUUAUUUUCUGCUUAUCGAUUUAACAUUUUCCAGCAAGAUACAUAGGCGCAUGCUAGUUGUUUCUCUUUUUUGAGCUGACACAAAUAGGCAACAAGAGAUGACUCACAGAAGAGUGAGGUAAAGACUGAAUUCCCCACUUGUGUGGCACUGGUAACCUUUCGUAAGAACUGCUUAGAGUUGAGCUUGGGUCUGUAAUAGGGCUUUUUGUUGUUGUUGUUGUUGUUUCUUUUCUUUCUUUUUUUUUUUGGUGUUUUGAUUUGGGGGUUCUUUUUUCUUUUUUCUUUUUUCUUUUUUUUUUUUUUUUGCACUAAAUAUGACUGCACUGCAUUGCACUACUGAAAUGUAUUUACUUGUACUGGGAGAGAGUGUGUGAGGUAUGGGGGAGAAAGAGGCAGUUAUGAAACAGGAAACGUCACAAAAACAGAGAAUGAUUUCCAUCGUGCUUGGUCUGAGCAGGGUUGGUGAGAGUCUGUGGAAUCUGCUAACUCUUGAUCAGGCCCAGAAACUGCCAUGCUGAUAGGAUCUGUUGUCUUAUUAUAAAGAAGCUGGGCUGGUACAGUUAAUUGAAGAUUGUUUAAGAAAAAGUUUGCCCAGUGUUGUCUCCAGCUAAGCUUCCGUAGGAGUUGCAAUGGUGAGGGAGCCAGCCGCGGUGAGGUCAAAGCCUUCACCUUGGCCUCCACCACAAAACACCUUGUUGACGCACACUACAGUGUGGCAGGGGGCGGCCGGUGGCAUGUCCUGCUUUCAAAAAAACAAACAAACAAACAAAAAAAGCAAAAAAAAAAAAAAAAACCCCACAGCCUUGUCUGUAUUAGAGAUAUCCUUUCAGCCUGAGCAUGCUUUUCCAUCCCUGGGUGAGACCUAGAUCAGGCUAACCAAAGAGGAAGGCCAUGCACGUGGUAAAAUCCUUUAAGAUGGCGGUAAGGGAACAGUGCAAUAAACGCGGACAACCAGUGAGAUCAAAGGUUUAUUUUGAAACAAGCUAGGCCAACUUUGAAACUGAAGGAAGGGUUGGAGAAUUGAUCAGAACCUACUUACUAGCUGCUCCUUCAUAGACUAUCCUUUAUUAAGCAGAAGACCUUAACAGUGCCUAAAAAUUUAGUUUUGAAGUUGCUGAAUUUUUUCAAUUUUUUUAUUGGAUUUCUUUUUAUUGCCUUUUUAAUCCUGAGAAGUAAUUAGCGCUUGACAGCUCUUCAGUGACUAUAAAUGAAAGAAUCAUGCACCACAGGAAAAGCAAUCAAUUGUGUAGGACACAGUAAGACAAGAGUGAAGAUGCUGUAGAGCUCUUCCAGAAUCCAAGGUGAUAGCUUGGAAGAUUCCAACGUAUAAAUGGCUAAUGUUGAAUUUCUGUGAAUACUAUCACAUGUGGGGUCAUCAAUUUGGAAAACUGUCAUUUGAGGUCUCUUUCCUAAGAUUACAACAUUGAUACGUAUCUCUCUCUCUCUCUCUCUCUCUCUCUCUCUCUCUCUCCCCUCCUUAGCAUCCAUCCAAGUCUACUCUUACAAGGUAAAAAAUUUGUAAGGGAACUGUCAGCCUUGCAAGUCAGAAAAAAACACCACUUAGGGUUUUCAGAACUAACAUAAGCAGUCCCUUCAGCAUUAUCUCAGUUUUAAAUAGGAAACUCUCAAUUCAGAGCUCUUAACAGGUACUUAGAGAUAUGUAUUGCAUAAGCACUAAGACGGUAUUGACUGCACCAAACCAAAGGUAUAGAAAGAAGUAAUUGACCUUUUAAGAUACAUUCACAUGAACUGUUCUAGAAUACUUCUGUUGAGGCUUUGGGGAAACAACUUCUUUUAUGAAACUUGCAUACCCAUUCCGGUUUUGUCACCAAAGAUUUUAAUCACCAGAGCCUAAUCUCCUCUCUCCCAGACAAAAAUAAUAUGACAGGCUCAGGGGGUAUGCUUUGGUGGUCAAGAGAUGACACUUUGGUUUUCAUUCUGUUCACAGUGGUAUUUACAAGAGUCUUGUUAUUAAGAGGAGCUACUGAACUGUCUUCAUGACUUAGGGUUUGGCCAGAGGUUUAAAAAAUUAAGGAAGAAAAUAAACAGUAAUACCUUGACACUGUAAACUGGUCCUUAAUAGAGUCAUGACCUGAAGACUGAUGGAGAGAAAGAAACUUCCACGGAAGAGAGUGAGCUAAAGCACAUAGAACCAAACAAGGAUCGUUGGUGCAAUGGGGGACAGUGUAGAUAACAGAGCAGAUUGCUGUUCUUCAUGGCCAGAGCCCAUAGCAAUGGCCCGGGGGAGAGUCAGACAACUGGCAAGCGAAUUCUAGUAUUGAAAAAGCCAUGAUCUGGGUUUCACUGUGGUUGCUGGAGUGGUUAAAACGCCCACGCCCAUGGCGAGGACAGUGCUAAGGCUGACCUAUUGUGAUAGUGCCUUUCUUAAUAAUUUGUUCAGUUAGGCUUUUCUGGACCGUUACCCCCAGUCUUCUGAGGAGGUCUGAAGGGAUAGUAUUCACUUAGAAUGAAGGGACAGGAUAUUGCUCCUGGGAUGAUGUGAUGUGAUGAUAUUUGCACUAGAUUCUGAACUCUACUUUAAACUGGAGCAACUGAAUGAGAGAAAAACCAAGGAUGGUUCAAUCUUAAAAGAAACCAAAAGCAGUGUUUUCUAACUGAUGCCUCUUCUUUUUCUUCUCCUUAUUCUUGUUCUGCUCCUUCUCCUCCUCCUUCUUUUUCCUGGAGGCAAACUUCAUACUUGCUGAUUACCGAGCUCAACUCUUGCCAGUUCUUUUCCUUCCUAUUUUGUUCCGCACGCUGAACCAUCAGUGUGAAUUAACCAUCAGUUAGAGUAGUUCAUGUAAAGGACAUCUGUCGUUACAACUUGGCACCCCUCAUCAUCAAGGGUAUGAGGCAGUGACGGGGUGGGAGGGGGGAGGCUUCCUCUGGGACCACCUAGCCCUUAGGAAGACUGAAAAGCAAAGAUCUCCUCUAGAGAACUGAGCAGACACCUAUUUGCCCACAGGACAUUGGAGCCUGUAGUCAAUCCCAACGAAUGCUUAGAAAGAGCAGGAAACCCACGUAUUGAAGAAAAACAAGGAAGGUGGUGCCCACAGGUUGCCUGUUUCCCCCCUCUCUCUUCUUUUUCACCUCACCCUCCUUUUUCCUCUAUCAGAAUUUUAUUUUAUUUCAUCUCAUGUAUUUAUGUUACCGGAAGAAUUAUUUGGUUCCUUGGUUUUUCUCUUGAUCAGUGGGCUGGGAACUCUUCCAAAAUCAAAAAACAGAUACCAUCAGCAGGUCCCCUGCAGCCUACCAGUUUCUCAAAUGCUGUCCACCGGGUCUUGACCCAGUCAGCUAGGAGAACUCAGAAGCUUUGGCUGGCUCAACCACCUAUCACUUUAUUUUCAUUUUGUUUUCAUUUCCAUUUGAAUUCUGAGUGAUCCAGUGGGAAGGUGGAAGUCACAGAGAAGGUUUAGAGGCUGCAAUUCUAGGGCAUAGCUUGUCAAGAGUUUGUCUUACCCAAAAUAUAGCUUUCUACGCCUGUUUUUCUGUUGAGUCUCUUGCCCUGAUUAUAAUUUCUAUUAUAUUUGUGGUUAUUUUUAUAAGAAUAGAGUCCAUUUGCUAUGUCUCUUUGAGUACUUUUUUUCUAUUUUCCCCACAUGGAUGCAGUACCAACCCAUUAAUGAAAUACCUUUUUAUUAUAUUAUUAAUAUGUAAUUCUACUGUAGACCAAAAAUAUAAAAACAAAUUUGCUCAUUUUAAAGAUAUAAAGAGCUAGUGAGUAAAAGAUUAAGAGUUGAAGGAAAAGACAGAAGAGCAGUGGUUAACUAUGUUGAGUUAGAAAUCUAAGAGUAGCCUUACCUAUUUUUUAACCAGUGCUUGCCAAUCAUACCAUAGGUGGGAUUAUAUAGUCUUGGCUCCUUCAUGCUUACGUUCUCUAAUUUUUGUUUGUCUGUUUGUUUUUCUUUGAUGUAAUUGAGGUUGCACAUCAUGCUAUUUUUGGCGAUGCCUGAUUUUAUUAUAUUGUACUUUUAUCAGUCAUUUCCUUUAGAAGGAUGGGGGAAAAGUUUUAUUUCUUUAAUUUAAAAUUUGUUUAAUGCACUGGAAAUAAAAUUGGACACAUUUCACUAUUCAAAAAUUCAAAAGCAAAACAGAACAAAAACCACAAAGAAAAAACCAGCAACCAAACAAGCAACAGGAAAAAAAAAAAAAAGCUAUGAGGAAAACCACCUACUCCUACUGAAUACACAUACAAAAUCUAUCUCACACAAAGGAGAAAUUUCAUCAGAUAAGAAAGAUAAGUCCUAGAAGUUGCAAUGCUGAAAAUAAAGAAGACGCCUGGGCUCAGUGGGGAUGGAGAUCAUGGGGCGUUCCUUUGAGGUCUGAGAUCUUCCCAUGGUUCCAGUGAAAGCCAAAGGGGUUAAAUGUGGGAGAGGCGUCUAAGGAGGAAAUAAACCCAGCACUUCUGGAACUCUCUAUCACCUGUUAAUCCUAUGCUUGGGCUCCAUUGGGGGGUUGGGGGGAGAUGUGCUAUGGUUGAAAAACUGGCUCGUAUAGCAGUAUGGGUACAGUCCACAGCUGCAUGCAGCUGGUCCUCUGUCCAUGGAGUACCUCACGUGUUUCUCUUUUCCGUGAGGAUUCAGUGGAUAGGUCCGCAGCAUGGGAGACCAUCCAUGGCUCAACAUCAGCCAGUGCUGAAGAACCUCUAAAUUCCAAGCCCACCCCCUUCUUCAGCAUUUUCCAAACCCAACAGAGCCAGUUAACCUAUACAAAUGCACAGUGAGAGGAAAGACAGAGAUAAUUUGCCUAGCCAAGUGACUGUAUCAUUUUUUUAAACGUUUGCUGGGUUUUUCUGGUUUGGUUUUGUUUUGGAGUCGGGGAGGGAGUGGAUGUAACUACACAAUCCUAAUACAGUAAUUGUUUUGCAUCUUCCAUGUUUUAUGCAAAAACAGACAUUUAAAUCAAUAACUAAUUGUGCCCUAGACUGAAAGUUAAUGUUUAGGAGUGGAAAAAAAUUGUUGGAAUUUUUUCUACAUUUUUUUGUGAAGAAUCUUUUUUGGAAAGGAAGGAUACAUAUUUUUGUUGUGUAAUAUUUUCUAUUUUUGAAUGCAUUUUAUUGGUACAAGACUGUUUUUUUGGUGAAGACAUUAUUUAAAAAAAAAAAAAGAAAAAAACUAAUCGAAAAGUUUGCCCUUAAGGAUAUGCUGCAGUUUUGAGGUUAAAAAAAAAAAAAUAACUGAUUCAAGAUGCGUGUUAAAAGUUGGGAUUAUAUUGUUGUUUUUUGUAAUUGUUACAAGAAGAAGUUUGUACCCACUGCUGUUUAUUUUGUUUCAGAUGAGUAAGUAAAGGGAUUGUUCUUGUUUUAUUCUUUUUUUAGAGAAAAAAAAAGCUAUUUAUGAAAUGUCAAAAACACUGGACUGUGAGUUUAAGUGUGGAAGCAUUUUACCACCCUGUGUCUUCGACCAAUUAUGGGAAACCCCUUUUCUCUUCCCCCCCCCCCCCCCCGCCUAGCCUUGCCAAAUGAGAAAAAACUAGAACAGCUGUCAGAUGAUGCAUGCCACUGAAGCCCUGCUUUAAUUUUUACGGUUCAAAAAAGUCAGAAAACCAAAGUUCAAUUUGUUUUUGAAAUCCCACUGUCCGUAGCCCUUUCUUGUAGGACACAGCCAGUCGGCUCUGCCUCUCCGUCUUGGAUCAUUGCCUUCUUCAGGACUGGGGGCCAGCUGUGACGCAAGGAGAAGUGGCAAGGUGGUGAGCCUGAGGGCUGAGGUCUCAUGAAGGUGAUGUGAGCGGGACUUUGGUCUCUCAGCGGGCAGCCAGGCUUUCCCAGUCUGUGGCCAGGCUGCUCGGAGGGCACACCGCUCGCUCACUUGGCUGCGGGAGGAGGAAUGAGCCCGCUCACGCCUCCACCCUCUGCUUCUAAGACCCUUCUGUUACCAUCGCUCUCCAGAAUGGCUUUGCCUUUCUCAGCAGCCCACAUUCCAUGGACGGGCUCAGGGAAGGAAGGAUCCAGUUGAAAGAAAUGGGGAAGGUAGGGCAAGGGACCAUCUAGCACAAGGGAUCUUGUCUGCCUCAUCUUUGAUUCUGUGGAUUGUCCAUCCAUCUGCUCACUGUGAAGACGGAGAGGCAGAGUGCCCUAAGGCUGUUCAAUAGCUUUCCAUAUUUUUUCAACAUUGAAAAAAUAAUUUUUAAAAACUGUGAUUUUUUUUUUAAAUCAUUUGGCUGGAGGGAAGGGAAAAGGGAAACACCAAAAGCUGUAACAUGAUUAACUGGAGAUAUUUAACUGGGGGCACUUUCUAGACCAAGACAAACGAAUUCCGUUCUGGACCCUAAAGCAGCCAAAUCUUGAGACUGUCAAUGACAGAAAGCUGAAGAGAGGCCUCCAUUUCCUCCUUUCUCCUUUCUUCUCUCUGUCUCAAAAUUCUCUCUUUUUCUCCUUUUCCAACUUCCCUUGGACGACUGCCCCAGUGGCCCUCAGACUUCCUUUUCAUGUGUGUGCGUGCGCGCGCGCACACACACACACACACACACACACUUGCAAAAUACCAUUUUUCGUAAGGAUUGUGGGACCGAAUAAAAUCAUGUGCCUUCAUUUUUUUCCUUUUAUAGUUAGACAAACCUCUUCCUUUUUAUAGUGCUUAAAAAAAAAAAUAGGGGAGGUUGAAGUGUUAGUGGAGGACUUGGGCAUCAUUUGCGAAGUAAUUUUCAUUUAACACAUUCCCCCUAAAUAUUAACACAGACAUGUCAACCCCUUCGUGAUGCUCUUUGGACAUUUAGAGCAUUACCUCACCAGGUACAUGACAGCCUGAACCCAUUUGACUUUAGAGUGAUUCCUGACAAAUUCUCUUUCAUACACGUCUCUCAUUUUUACCACAAAUGAGGUGAGCAAGGGCAAGCGGCCUUGUUCUCCGGAUUUGGUGCUUUUGAGUGUGGCGUGGGGUGGGCCCGGGGUGGGAGAGUGGGUGUGUUGCGAUAAAAGGUGCAUUCCUAUAGAUCUCUGGUGCUGAAGGGCCUCGAGUUCCUUCCAGAGACUGCAUUUGACACACUUGAAGUACACACAAAAGAACGGUAUCACAUGCAAUAUUUUAAUGGAGCAAUGGGAGAGGCUCUUUGAAACGGGGUUUUGCAUCUUUUUGAAACAUUUUGAUUUCUCUGGUGCCUUAUUCCUACUUGAUGCUGGCACUCACAUACCCACAGGGAACGGACACGGAAGUCAGCCUGGGGAGUGGGGACGCUGGAGCAGUGCUCGAGCGUGCGGGCGCGGGGGGCGUCGGCAGGUUGGUGUCAGGUGGCGGGGAGGGGACUACAUGGCAUCUCUUAGCCGAAGCCAAGCGGGAACUGCACAAACCCAUACAAAGUGAACAAUUCCGACCUGCAAACACACCGCAAACCCAUCCUUCCUCAUCUGAGCUUUCCUUCCUUCUUCCUCUUUGAUCUCCGCCUUCUCAUAAAGGUGCUGCUGCUGCUGCUGCUAGGUGCCCGGAGUCCAGAAUGCCCAGUAAUCACUCAGGCACAAGCCUGGCACUGCCACGUCAGCCCCCGGCACGACAAAACCCAGGUUUCUCUUGCUUGGGGCUGAGAACCGUCAGAUUUUUCUCAUCAAAAACCUUUUCCAAGGAAUCAGUGGAUUACAGUUAUUCUGCAUUGAAAAUGCACUUUAAAAAAAUAAAUAAAAGCUCCAGACUGUUUAAAAUGUACAGAGGGAGCAGGGGAAAGAUAAACACAUGCUAGUGUAUGAACCCAGUUCAGUUUAUCUCCAGUUGAAACAAUAUACACUAUAUUAUGUAUAAAUGUAUACACAUUUCCUAUAUAUAUCCAUAUAUAUAUAGUGUAUAUAUUAUACAUGUAUAGGUGUGUAUAUGUGCAUAUACACACACGUGCACAUAACAAAAUCAGAUGGUCAUUAUAAAUCCAGAAGCUCAUUACAGAUGCUACACAAACAGCAGCAGAGGAAACAAGGUUGGACUCUUGCAACAGAUCACAAAAAAUAAAAACAGCCACUUGCAGUGAUUUUGGUUACUUCUGUAUGUUCACAAGGAAUGGAUUGUAACAAAGAAAAAAAAAGGAACAGUGUUAACGAAAGAGGAAAAAUGGGCGCAACCAUCUUGAUCCGAUGGGAAUGCAGUCAUGUUCUAUACCAUUUCAUCUGUUAUUUCUUUUAGUCCUGUUGAUUUGAUUUCAGUUUUUGGCCAUUAAAAAAAAAUUCUUUAGACUCAAGUGACCCACGACAAACUGAAUAAAACUACAGUGAAAGCCCUUUUCAAUGGAAGAUGUCAGAAAUCUCAAAACCCUUGGCCUGGCUCAGAACUACCGUGUGCAAAGCAGUACUCUCUUAAUGUUUGAAAUAAAAACUGAAAAAAAAAAAAAAAAAAAAAAACUUUUUUGAAGCACCUUAAUGUGGCCAUCCAUUCGAGGAAUGGGUGCCACUUUUUUCUUUGAGCACCUUAUUGACGUGUUUUGCUAUCUGCUGUCUUUCUGUUACCUGUUGGCUGAAUGGCUAGCUGUUAACACACACACGUGCACAGUCCAGACGUCUGGGCACGUGCGUUCUCAAUGAAGUUUACUGUGGUGACUGCUGAAAGGUGAACCCAUUUCCUGAUUUCCCCCGCCACAGUGUUGUGAUAAGAUUCAAAGAAGCCCUCUUCCCUGCACAGAAAUGUUUCUUAUCACAUUGUAUCUUAGUAUGGAAAGGAAUAUGGUCCCUUUUUUGCAAUUGCUACUGUACACACAAACACGCACGCACGCACACACAUGCACACAUUCAUUCGUCCAAGUGGUAUUUUCAAUGUCCGUGUGGGUGUCACUGUUCACGCAGUAUCUAUUUCCCAGUGAACUUUGAAUGGAGGGCAACUUUUCUAACCAGAUUAUCUUUUCAGACCGAAGACCUGGGAACUGGGGAAGAGUUUGGAAAGAGGGAAAGGCAAGGAAAGAGCGAGCUUUAAACUGAAAGAAUAAUUUCCCAACAGGAGCUUGGGCUCGAGGACUGCAGAGACUGUCCCCUCCAAUCUUUGCAGGUGGGCAUGGAACACUGCUUGUAUCAAUCUGUGUACCCUAUAAACCCAUGUAUACAGAAACACACACAUCCAUCCAUCCAUCAGUAUAUGCGUGGUUUGGGAUGAGCAGGUCAAUAGUUUUGAGAAGGAGUUUGUUCCUUUUUUUUUUUUCUCAUUAUACUCUUAAAAUUGUUGUCAGUUAUCAAACAAACAAGAAAUUGUUUUGAAAAACCUUGCAUACGCCUUUUCUAUCAAGUGCUUUAAAAUAUAGACUAAAUACACACAUCCUGCCAGUUUUUCUUACAGUGACAGUACCCUUACCUGCCAUUUAAUAUUAGCCUCGUAUUUUUCUCACGUAUAUUUACCUGUGACUUGUAUUUGUUAUUUAAACAGGAAAAAAAACAUUCAAAAAAAGAAAAAUUAACUGUAGCGCUUCAUUAUACUAUUAUAUUAUUAUUAUUAUUGUGACAUUUUGGAAUACUGUGAAGUUUUAUCUCUUGCAUAUACUUUAUACGGAAGUAUUACGCCUUAAAAAUACGAAAAUAAAUUUUACAAGGUUUCUGUUUUGUGUGGAAGAGUAAUUGAUGUUGCUAAGAAUGAUGUUUGUUUUUUGGGGUUUUUGUUGUUUUUUUUUAAAUGUUACCAGCACUUUUUUUGUAAGUUUCACUUUCCGAGGUAUUGUACAAGUUCACACUGUUUGUGAAGUUUGAAUAUGAAGGAAUAAUUAAAAAAAAAAAUCUUC